CAUGCUUCCGGGCCGGUUGUGUUUAGAAGCGUGGUUUAGAAGGUUUGGACAGCGCUGGUUUGGAAUAUAAUAGUUCGGAUCGCAACUCCGAUAUUUAAGGAUAAUAUUUUAGAAGGAUUUUUCGAAUCUGUGAAAUCGGCUUCCGCGACUUGCCGGACGACACAGUUCUUGGGCCAAGAAGCACUGAUGAAGGGCACAGUUUAGCUGGAAAUUAUAGAACCAUGACCAGUUCUCGUCUGGGAGCCUUCUUUCUCACACCGCAGGGACAGCAAGUGUCGGGUGGUGUGGCAUGUUUCGCUAGUAUUGCCGGCUUUGCCGCCUAUUAUGUUCCGAAUACGUUUUGUCUGGAUAAAUAUCGGCAGAUAGUGCAGCACUAUAGGUACGGGAUGCCAAUGGAGCUCAGCGAAGAAGUUCAAACAAGAGCCAAUGAGGUCCUAACAGAGAGUACUGUAAAGCAGAGCCGAAAGGCCCUCAUCAGAUUCUUCACCGUAGCCAAGCUGGACACCUUCAUUGCUGGCAGCACCUCAUCCAGAUACGGCGCCCUCAUUGGCAUACCCCCAAACUUUAGCUACACGGCGCCAAAUCAGGUUGAAACACAACUAAUGGCUGUUGCGAACACUGAGGAACCGAAGUGGUCCGCGAAAGAGGGUCAACAACUCAAGGAAGCGCUCGUUCUGAGCGACAGAGCGCAAAAGUUUGCAAUAGCGCGCGAACUGUACUGGGCCAACACUUACUACGUGGAAGUGCGCGCGUUUGCGCUCUCCAUCAACAUACUCAACGCCUACAUCCUCGGCCGUCUCCUCAACACGAGACUCAACCUCUACCACAGGGUGCCGAGAAGGAUACGAAUAAUGCUGUAUGGAGUCCUUGCCGCGUUUGGAGGGACGAUGUUUCUCUUCAUAAAGGACGCGAGCACGCAGUAUUGGGAACGAGACGCAGACGACAGUGCGGCCAGGAUGGGGUCGGACUACCUGCUGGGCGGGAUUGAGUACUACGAGAAGAUGCUCCGGCGGAAUAGGUGUCUCAGGGAGUUGAUGGGUGGAGCCGGAGCGAGCGCGUAUACCAGUAAAGGCAACGAGGAGAGUUUCGUGCGAAUGGCGCAUCUGCCCUUGACGCACAGGUUGGAUAGGCUGAGGAAGAUGCUGGAAGAACAGCAGGUAGCCCUUCCUGUGGGUGAGGGCAGGUGAUAAUUUUAUAGUGAUUUAGUUGUACACCGGAAUUUAGGGACAGUGAAAAUAAAGCAGGAGUUUGAAUUUA